AUGCUGACGUCUCGCCGCGCGACGUCGGCGCUGCGCCGCUGCCGCGCGCCCCUCCGCGCCGCGUUCUCCAGCUCCCCGGAUGCGUCCAAGGAGGCCCCUCCCGCCGCCGCCGCCAAGCCCAAGAAAAUCCUGUCGGUGCGCGCGUCCCCGGCGCAGAACCUGCGCAACGCGCUCGAGGCGCUGGACGAGAUGAUCGAGGAGGCGGACCGCAAGGUGGAGAAGAAGUACCGGCCCAACAUGUUCGGCGAGUUCAAGCAACUUAACGACACUGAGGGUAAGGUGCGCGAGGGCGCCGACGCGCUCAUCGAGGUGGGCAAGGCCAGGAGCGUCCCCUCGCUGCAGGUGGACACUCUGGAGGGCAAGCAGGUGGACAUCCAGAGCUUCGUGACCAAGGGCAAGGCCACGCUCGUGCUCACGGCCUUCAAGAACUACGGGCUGGACAUGCUGCCGGCCUGGCGGGAGGGCUUCGUGGCCGCUAUGAGCGACGGCCAGGGCCAGCUGGACAAGAGGGUGCAGACGCUCACGCUCAACGUGAUCGAGGAUUGGUACAUGAAGCUCGUGAGCGGCAGCAUCACGCGCGGGCUGCAGGAGAAGAUCCCCAACGAGCUGCACGCCACGACGUUCGCGCACUUCGGACGCUGCGACGACUUCCGCACGCCCAUGGAACUGGACAACAGCUUCGUGGGGUACGCGCACCUGGUGGACGGCAAAGGACGCAUCCGCUGGAUUGCGGGAGGUCCGGCGACGCCGAAGGAGUUGGAGCGGUUAGCGAAGGUCACCAAGGAGCUGCUAGCCCAGAGCUCGCAGCGCCGCCGAUAG